AUGGCACAUACAGCACUCAAGAAUCACACCAACAAGAAUCAACGGACUGGAAAAGAAGAAGCUUCUAGGAAAAUGAUUCCCUUUGCCAUACUUGGCACGCUAGGAAUCAUCACAUUCUUAGUUUUCCUUCUCAUCACACCUUUCGCUCCUAAACGAACCUCCAUCCCGGCAGUUCCAUUGUGGGUUUCUCUCUAUGAUGCGUGUCGGGGCGUGAGCAGACUGCAAUUUUAUAAAACCCGUCUCCAGCCUCUUUUGGACCGACAUGGCGCCGUCUUUGUCUGGAAUGCAGGACGGUGGACAGUCCUCGUCACGAAGCCUGAAUACCUCAUGCGCAUGUUCCGCAAUGAGGCCACAGUGGCCAAAGGGGGCUUUUAUCGGAAGGUCCCUUGGGGAUCCUUCGCGAUGCUCUUUGGCGAAAACAUUAUUGACUCCCAUGGACCGACAUGGGCCCAGUUCAGCUCCAUCAUCAAGCCCGGGAUCCAGAAGCCGACGGACACCGAGCCGGUACGUGUUAAGUCGUCCCAGCUCGCCAGAUUGCUUUUGGAUUCUCAAAAGAGCGCGCCGUCGGGCCAAGGUGUGAUGGUCGAUCCCCUGAUCCAACGCUGGGCCGUGGCGGUGUAUGGCACAUUAUUCCUGGAUUCAGAGAUAAAUUGCUUGGAUGAUGCCGCUAAUCCGCUUGAAAACGCUCUCACCGCGGUAAAGGCCAACGUGGUAGGGCCUAUUUUCUCAGAGUUCCCUAUCCUAGAGAAAGCUUCCUGCUUAUUUCCUCAGCGUCGCCGGGCAAUCGCCGCAAUCAAGACCUUCGAACGUCUGCUGAUCAAACACGUCGACAGCUGGGCUGAAAGCCCAGCGUCCGAAUAUUCCGCGUCUGCUGAAAAGGAGAAGCUUGCCCAUCGCCUGGUCCGAGCACGGAACCAAAACGAACUCACAGAGUUUCAUUACCGUUCCAAUCUGAAGAUGUUGACAAUUGCCGGGCAUGAGAAUGUGCAGCUGGCAUUGACUUCCGCGCUGUGGGAAAUCGGGGUCCAUCAGUCGGUUCAAGGCCAGCUUCGCGAAGAAGCCUCGAAGCUCCCGGAGAACUAUACGGUCCACGAGCUCGACCAACUGCCAUAUCUGACGGCGGUCAUCUAUGAAGUUCUCCGAUUAUACCCACCUAUUAGCCAGCUCAUCAAUCGAUUGACGCUGGAAGAGUUCCAACUCGACACGGGAAUAAGCAUUCCCAAGGGCACGUGGAUGGGAUGGAACUGCUACGGAGUCCACACAAACCCGGAGUUCUGGGGAGAAUUCGCGACAGUCUUCCAGCCUUCACGCUGGGGCAGUGAUAUCGAGUCGAUCAACAGUCUCUUUCGUCGGUCCCAGGCGCGAGGACAUUUUAUCCCCUUUAAUGCGCACGCCCGCAAGUGUCCAGGGAGUGGAUUUGCUAUCGUUCAAAUGAAGGUGGCCCUUGUGGAGAUUCUUCGCAAAGUGUCCUGGACGGUGGAUCCUACGUAUCAUUUUUCUACCACUUCGCGCUCAGUACUAGCUCCACGGAAUUGUCGCUUGAUAUUCACUCCGAGGUGA